AUGUAUGAGAUAUACAAUGAAAGACCAUUGCAUAAACGAGUGCAAAUGAUUCCUUUGUAUAUCAUGCCUAUUCUGUUUUUGAUAUUUUCAUACACACAGGCAGUGGCAGUGCUUAUUGUUAUUGUGUGUGGAGGAAUGUUCCUUGCAGCACUCUGGUCGAGCAGGAUUAGGGUACUGUUUUCAAUGAGUCGAAGCAAUACAAAGAGCGGAGAUUACAUAAUGUAUGAAGGAAAGUUAUGCAAGCUUGUGGAUAAUUCAUUUGAGUUUGAAAAGUCUGGAUACAUGUUGGAGGAGGGUAAAAUGAUCAGACUGAGGGCAAACACAAAAAAGACAUUUGGAUAUUUUUCAAAAUGGACUGACAGAACCAAUGAGUUUGUUGAAGGACAUCGUCUCAGACACUUCAAGAAGAACCAGUUUGAUAUUGUUCCUCCCACUUUUUCGGAGCUUUUUUUUGAGCAUGCAGUGUCUCCGCUAUUUGUGUUUCAGGUAUUUUCAGGGUUGUUGUGGUGUCUUGAUGAAUACGUGUACCAGGCGAUCUUCAGUCUUGUUAUGCUUUUUGUUCUUGAGUCUGGGCUUGUAUUCCAAAGGAUGAUGACGGCCAGAAACUUCAAGAAGAUGAGUCAUUCAAGUGUAGAAGUUAAACUUUUGUAUGAAUCGAAGAAAGGAAGAGCCGAGACACCAGGAACGAGGAUUAUGUCUUCUGAGCUUUUUCCUGGCGAUGUGAUUGAAAUCGACUCACUGGUGAAUGUUCCAUGUGAUCUUUUACUGAUUAAUGGAGCAUGUGCAGUUAAUGAAGCAAUGCUAUCUGGAGAGUCUGUGCCACUGAUGAAAGAGGACAUUUCAGAAAGGGGGUCUACCGAAGUUUUUGAUAGAAUCAGGGAUAAACGACACAUCCUUUAUGCAGGGACAGAAAUAGUUAUGAUGAACAAGUCUCCACUGACUUGUUUUGUACUGCACACUGGAUUUGAGACUGAGAAGGGAGAUCUUGUGCGCAAGAUGAUGUGUGCAGAGGAGGUUACUGUGAAUGACAAGGAGGCCUUUGUGUUUAUUUUUGCGCUUUUGAUGUUUGCAAUAGUUGCGUCGUUCUACACGUAUUGUGAAGGUAAGAAGCUUGGGAAGUCUAAUUACAAACUGCUUCUUGAGGUUAUUUUGAUUCUUACGAAUGUGGUGCCUACUGAACUGCCAAUGGAGCUAAGCAUGGCAGUAAAUGGAUGUGUAAGGGCAUUGAUUGGAAAGGGAGUUUAUUGUUUGGAGCCGUUUAGGAUUCCAUAUGCAGGCAAGGUGAAUGUGUGCUGUUUUGACAAGACAGGCACACUAACUGAGACUUCUAUGGAUGUUGCUGGGAUUAAGCAUCAGACGAUAAAGUCUGUUGAUGUUCUUGCAAGUUGCCAUUCGCUACUAAAUAUUAAUGGAAAUGUAUUAGGAGAUCCAAUGGAGGUUGCUGUUUAUGAGUAUAUGAAGAAGGAAGAAAUGAGCAAUGGACGAAAGUACAGCAGCAUAAAGACAUAUUCUUUUUCGUCUGAGACUAAACGAAUGAGUGUGGUUGCGGAGGUUGAUGAAAGAGUGUUUGUGGGAAUGAAAGGAGCGCCUGAAACAGUGAAGAAGUAUUUGAAGAAUGUGCCAGAGUGGUAUGAUGAGUAUGAAGAAAGUGCUUCUGAGGGAUAUCGAGUGCUUGCGCUUGGCCACAAAUAUUUUGAUAGGAAGGAGAAGUAUGAUAGGGAUGAUGUUGAGGAAGGCCUUGAAUUUGCAGGGUUUUUAUUGUUUGAUUGUAGGCUUAAGAAGAAUGUGAAGGAAACUAUUGAUACGCUUUAUGCAUCUGGGCAUAAAGUUGUGAUGAUAACAGGAGACAAUGCACUGACGGCGAAGAAUGUAUCAAAGAGGAUAGGGAUAUCUGGAAGAGCUGCUGAAGGAGAUGAGAUAGAUGCGGCUCUUAAAAGUGAUGAUUUUUUUUCAAUAUCGAUUUUUGCAAGAGCAGAUCCUACACACAAGGAGAAGAUUAUUGAAAGGUAUAAGAAUGCAGGGAGCUACACGUUAAUGUGUGGAGACGGGACGAAUGAUGUUGGUGCAUUGAAGAGUGCACAUGUUGGAAUAGCUCUUAUGGAAGCGGCAUCUGUUUCUAAAACGAAUGAGAAGGAAGCAAAGAAGAAUGGUGUUGGAGCUAAAGGAAGAAUUGGUAGACAAGAAGCGAUCGAUAAUAUGUCUAAAGAGCUUUCAGAGCCAAAGGUAGGACUUGGAGAUGCGAGUGUGGCAGCGCCGUUUACUGCAAAGACUGGAUCCUUAGAAUCUGUGCUGGAUGUGAUAAGGUAUGGAAGGAGUGCGUUGGUGACUACGGUGCAAAUGUACAAGAUUCUUGCAUUGAAUUCGUUGGUGAGUGCAUUUUCUCUGAGUGUGCUUGACUGCAUGGGUGUAAGGUAUGGAGAGACACAGCUUGUUGCAUCAGGGCUGCUCAUAGGAUUUGCGUUUAUGUUUUUGACACAGAGUCAGCCGUUGAAAGAGAUAAGCAAGAAAAGGCCGUUAACAAAUAUCAUCAACCCGUAUAUUGUACUUUCUGUGAUUCUUCAGGUGAGUGUGCAUAUUGGGUCUUUCUUUGUGAUGAUAAGAAGGAUAAAACAGAUUGAAGUGCCAGUUUACCAAGAGAAGUUUUCGCCAUCGCUGAUGAACUCUGCGUUGUUUUUCCUGUCGACUACUCAGCAGAUAUCGACAUUUCUUGUGAAUUACAUAGGCAGGCCUUAUCGAGAAAGCCUGAUUGAGAAUAAGAAGCUUCUUGGAUGUUUGUUGAUAUUGCUAUUUUUGAUACAGCAGUUGGUUUCAGGAAGUAAUGAAGAACUUAGACAGAAGAUGGAGAUUGUGGAGAUAGGAGAUUUGAAGCAGUUUGUGUAUAUGGUGCUUGUGAUGGACAUUUUUCUUUGCUAUACAUUUGAAAAGGUGUGUUUCUACAUGUUUAUGCUUUGA